GGGAAGGGGAGGCACCGAAGGCCAGCCAAGGGUAUAAGAAGUGCCCCGGCGUGCCCCUCUCGAUCAGUCUGUUCAGCCGGGCAUCAGGCGUUCGCUGUUGUACAAGAUGGGAAAGCGGUCUUUGAUCUUGCUGUGCGUGAGUGUGAGCGUGGUGCUCUCUCGUCCUUCGGGCCAAGCGGUUCCCGAAGUCAACACCCAACGGCAAGACGUCGUUCGCGCCGAGGACGACCCCUUCAUCCUGGCUCUUCCCGUGAAGCACAAGGACGCCCACGCACCAGGAACCGCCAACCAGAUCGAACCCAGCGACGCCGUCUCAGACAAGCGCCCAGAUGAACUGACUGGUGACGAUCUGAUCAUUUCUGUUGAUCCCGAGGUUAGUCAGAGAGCUGCUGACGACGCGACUGUCAGUCAGGCAGUUGCUGACGGCCAGGGGGUCAGUGAGAAUGAAGAAACUACUGGGACCCAGGGCGAAGGUAACAGCAGUCCCAGUCAGGUUGAUGAUGUUGAGUUUAGUGAAACAGAGCACGCGAUUGAAGAAGUCGGCCAUUCUGCUGCCGAAGAGAACGAGCAAGGAACUCUCACAGAAAACGCGGCACAACAGCCCGAAGGGGUAACCGCGGAAGAAAAUGUUGCACAGGAAACUGGCAAUGACCAAGCCUCUGGCGAUCACCAGGAAGGAGGCAGCGAGAAGUCCUUGGACCAAGCCACCAUCGGGGAGCAGAACGCGGCCGACAUCGUCUUCGUGGAAAAGGUGCCAGGAGCCCAAGAUAUCCCUGCUGAGCUCAUUAUCUCUGCGGUUGAAACGAGCAAUAUUGCAACUCUACUUGAGGAGGAGCAAGAACCUGCAGAAAUCGCAGCUGUUGAAGAGGAAAUCUCUGAGCCAACCGCAGCAGAGCAGAACAUUGCAGAAUCUUCAAACGUGGAAACACAGGAAACAGUCAUUGCUGAAACCGCUGCUGAAGAAGGCUCUGAUGUAGCACAGAAUGAUGCUGAAUCUGCAGCUGCUGAAGAAACUGCUGCUGUGGCCGAACAAACCCCUGCUGAAGCGACAGCCAAAGCCAACUCGGCAGUCAAAGAACCGAACACUGCUGAAGUCGCAACAGAAUUAGAGCAGCACGAAGAACAGCAGAACGUAGAGAAGAGAACACCGGAGCACGAACCAGCUGAAGAACCACAGGCAGAACAAGACCUUGCCGAGACAGAAGUGAGCGAACAAAGCCAAGCCGAAGACCAGAGAAGUCAGGCCAAAAACGCCGAAGAAGCAGAACAGAAGAACGCAGAGACAAACGAAGAACAACAGACGCAGGAAGCGGAAUCGCAGAACGCCGAAGAAGAGAGAGCGCAGGAACCCAAAUCCGAACAACAAACAGAAGAACAAUGAAAUGCGCCUCAAAAAAAACAACUGAACCUUAACAUACGUAAAAAGGACAGUACAUGAUCCCCAAAAAUAUAUAUCUAUCUCAAAAGACCGAAAAGUUUCCGCUAGACUAUAAAAAAAAGUAUUAUGCUUCUUAGCUUGAACUUUGUAGCGUUACCCGGUCACUCGUUCUGCUUGGUAUAAUAGUCUACCCUCUGCCCGUUUUCUGUCUUUAGCUUACGGCUUUGUAUGAUAUGCACUUCUGUGUGGUGUUAUUUAUAAGAAAGGACAAUGAUACCUGUAUAUACUGCAUGACUGUAGAGUGCCUUUUCCAAAUAAACCAACAUCAAUAUA